ACCACGGUCACACUCAACUUUAUUUAUCUUGCGAUCGGAAACCAACUGUUUCAUUGCAAUCCCCAAGAAGCCGGCUGCCUUCAUAAGAAUUGGACAGUACUUCCCCAUGAUCUGGCAGGAUGGCCUACGAGAAGCGCCUGCGAUCGCAGAACCUCGUGCAUCUGCUGCAGAACCGCGAAUCCGGAUACACCAACGUGGGCAGACAGCUGGGCAGGAUGCCGCUGUUGGCCUACGAGCGGCCCUUCUACAAGUGCAUCACGCCCUGCCUGACUAUUGACUCGAUUACGAUUCCGCCGGUCUAUCUGCGCAAGUUUACGCCCGAUGGCAGCAAACUUCUGGCCUUCUCCCAGGAUCAGCGCAGCCUGAUCAUCUACAGCUACAGGGGACUUAGUUGCGCCGCGGUGGGUGAACUAAUACGCCAGGCGGACGUGGGCAGUGGGGAGUGCUUUAGUAGCCAGGACAGCAUCCUCAAGAGCACGAUCUUUGAGCGCCUUUUUGCCACCAAGGAGGCACUGAGUCUCUGCCAGGGCGACUAUGGCCUGUACUAUCUGCACCGGGAGUUCAGUGUGUUCCUAGAGGAGGGUCGAUAUGUCCUGCUGGCGGCCAUGACUGUUCUGCGCGGCGCUCUGCCGGUCGAUGACUACGUCCGGUACCCGGAUCUGUUCGACAAACUGGACGCCUUCUCGUAUGUGUUCUUUUUAGUGGACUUGGAGCUAGGCUUAGUCACAGAUAGACUAAUUCUGCCAAACGACUCCAUCGUCAUUGCCCACAAUCACGGCAUAUCCGUGUUUGGGUCCACAGUAACGAUUAUGUCCCGGCUGCACCAGUGCGUCUACGUUUACUGGGUGAACGACGGUAAGUUCCACGAGCAGGAGACGAUUGGUCCCCGGCCGCGGGACUUUAUCGAGAAGGCAACCACAAAUUUUGACAGCCUAGACGCCACCACAGUUUUGCCCAUAACACACAUUAAACAGCGCGUCCUCAGCUUCCUGUACCGCCAAAUUGAUGCUGAUAGUGCCGACACCACGGAAAAACUUAAGGAGUUUUACAAAAACUUUGAGUUUAUAGAACACAUGAUCAUGGAGAGAAUGCAACUGGUGAACAAGGAACUUAUACUUUUGCGCUAUGAAGAGCGGCCCAAAGAUACCGACACCAUGCCCAUGCCUCCAUCACCCCGCCGCUUGUAUGUAUUCUAUACUAUAACUGGCGAGGAAGUGAUUGGCGUGUAUCCGGAUUAUUCCAUCGACCUGCUGCAGAUCAUAUUGCAGUUCUAUGACCAAAUGAGCAAUGUGCGAUCCCUGCAAACCGGAGAUGCGCCCUCGUUGCCACUGCAUUUCUUUCUAAAGCAAAACUUUGUGGAUGCCAAUGAAUCGGUGCCCUUCGUUCGACAUGCGGCCUUGCGCUUUAACCCCAGCGUACCAGUCAGCUCCCAGAGCCUCUCGCCGUCGCCCUAUCUAAGGUUCAACGAAUUCAGUUACGACGAUCGGUACGUGUCGCCUCUGGAGCGACCCAAUCCUUGCUGCGCCGAGCCCAUUGUAUUUCGUGACCGUUCCACGCAGUCGAUUAAGUUCAGACUGCACGCCACAGCCCGUCGGCAGAUUAGCCCUCUAGCACCUCGGGAACUGUGCGCCUUUAUUUGGCAUCCCUUUGAGCCACUGGUGCUCAGUAUCCAAAAAUGCAUGAACAGCUACGCCUACCACGUGCACUUGUACAACCACAGCACGGUUGUGGAGCAAUCGAGUGCCUAACAUACACUGUAUAUUUUUGUAUAAUAAGUGUAUAAAAUAUCUUCAGUUGAAAUGGUAGGAGAACAGAUAUUUUUAUUAUUUUACUAAAGAGUGUAAAGCAGUAUAAA